AUGGUUAUACUGUUGACAACGGUAGACGUAGCCAGCGGAUCUCAAUACAGCACUACCCAUUGUGUUGGUGGUCGUACAGCUAUAACACAUUUAUUUGAGUGGAAAUGGUCAGAAAUUGCAAAAGAAUGUGAACGGUUUCUAGGACCAUAUGGCUACUGUGGUGUUCAGAUUUCUCCAAGCGCAGAACACAAGAUUUUACCGAAUCGUCCGUGGGUCGAGAGAUAUCAACCAGUUAGUUAUAAACUAGUUACCAGAAGUGGUAAUGAAGCGGAUUUUAAGGAUAUGGUAGAACGCUGCAACAAGGUGGGCGUCAGGAUCUAUGCUGAUGUUGUUGUCAAUCACAUGUCUGCUGAAGGAGGUACUGGAUAUGGUACAGCUGGAUCCUCAUAUGAUACAUACACCUUACACUAUCCUGGCGUACCUUACGGACCAAAUGACUUCAAUGGUCAUUCAGAAUGCAGAACGGCCGAUCUUGGCAUUAAUAAUUAUAAUAAUGCGAUAGAAGUCAGAAACUGUCGAUUGCUGGGUAUGCCAGACCUUCGUCUUUCGUCUGAUUAUGUCCGUGGUAAAAUCGCGGGUUUUUUCAACCAUCUGAUUGAUUUGGGAGUUGCCGGCAUCAGGGUUGACGGUGCCAAACAUAUGUGGCCCGGAGACGUUGCAGCAGUUCUGGCGAAAACCAAAAAUUUGAGGUCAGAUAUAUAUGGUGCAGGGAAAAGGAUGUUUGUUUACCAAGAGGUCAUUGACAUGGGCUCUGAACCAAUCAAAGCCUCUGAAUACAUAGGAGAUGGGAGAGUCACUAAUUUCAUUUUCGGAGCCAAAUUAGCAGAAAUAUUCCGAAAAAAGAACCCAAUGAAGUAUUUGAAGAAUUGGGGCGAAGGUUGGGGGAUGAUGAAAUCGGGAGAUGCCGUCACUUUCCUCGAUAACCAUGACAACCAGAGAGGUUCGGGUGGUGGAGGAAAUGUCCUUACCCACUGGGAACCCAGAGCCUACAAACUGGCAACAGCAUUCAUGCUGGCUCAUCCUUACGGGUUUUCAAGAAUUAUGAGUAGCUAUGAAUACAACAAAGCUGACCAUGAAGACGGUCCUCCCCACAACGCAGACUUUAGUAUCAAAGAUAUCCUCGUCAAAGCGGACAUGUCUUGUGGAAACGACUGGUCCUGUGAACAUAGAUGGCGUCAGAUUUACAAUAUGGUGGCCUUCAGAAACAAAGCUGGUGGAGAUGGUUUAAGUAAUUGGUGGUCUGGUGGUGAUUAUCAAAUUGCAUUCUCUCGUGGCAACAAGGCUUUUAUUGCUAUGAAUCUAGAUGGAUUUGAUAUUAAUGCUAAUCUGAACACUGGUCUGCCCGGUGGUACUUAUUGUGAUGUUAUUUCUGGUAAUCUUGAAAACGGAAGCUGUACCGGAAAGACGAUUCAGGUCGGUGGAGAUGGUAAAGCUCAAAUUAAUGUUGGUCACAGUUGGGAAGAUCCCAUGAUUGCCAUCCAUAUCGGUGCCCGCCAAGGUUCUUCCCCUUCAAGAGUGGGUUAAAUAUACCCCACUACAAUCAUCACUGUAGCAGACUGGGACCCACGUUUAUAAGCUUUUCAUUUUUUACCAUUUUUACCAUCGAAUAAACCUAAAAAAACCUUUA